UCAGGAAGCUGGAAGCCUUCGGAAGGCUGCGGGUCCGGACAGAAUUUCCCCUGCCAUCCUGAAGCAUUGUGCUGCUGAGCUGGCUCUGUGGACGAUGCAGUGAACCAGACCCUUCAUUUCGUUCUGGAGCAUCUGGACUCCCCAGGAACCUAUGCCAGGAUCCUGUUUGUAGACUUCAGCUCUGCUUUCAACACAACUCUCUCAGCUCUGCUUGAAGGCAAGCUUCGCUAGCUCAACGUGCCUGACUCCCUCUGUAGAUGGAUUACAGACUUCCUGACCAGCCGGAGUCAGUGUGUGCGGCUGGGGACGACUGUCUCCAACACUCGGACCCUCAUCAUCGGGUCUCCAGGGCUGUGUUCUCUCUCCAUGGCUCUUCUCCCUGUAAACCAACUGCUGCACCUCCAGCCACUAUACCGUGAAGCUGAUCAAGUUUGCGGAUGACACCACCAUCAUCGGGCUUUGUGAUCAGCCUUUGUUAUUUUAUUUUAUUUUAUUAACAGCACUUUAUUUCGAAGCACUUUCCUAGUUAGUGGGACCCCCGCUGACCAUGGCAAUCAAUUCUAUUCUGAUUCUGAUUCUGAUACCAGAUAAGUGGAAAAUGGCCACGGAGAUUCUCACCAUUCUUCAGCCUUAUGAAGAGGUUCUGGCGGUUUCUCCAUGUGUGGUGCCAGCCUUAUGGAUUAUGAGGCUCCUGGGCAUGAUGUCAGCAGCCCACUCCGUCAUCCGCCUGGGUCUCCUGAACAUUCGAAGUCUGCAGUCAUGGUUCAGCCGGCUCAAUCUUCACCCAGUCCAGGAUCCGAGACGGUUGGUGAAAGUGUAUCCACGAGCUCUGAGAGAUGUGAGGUUAUGGAACUCUGCUUCAAACCUCCAUCGCACUGUAUCCUUGGAUUGUCAAAACACUUCUUUACAAGUCUUUACAGAUGCAUCUCUGUCAGGCUGGGGAGGCCACCUGGAUCAGAUCUGCGUCAGCGGGAUCUGUAGCAGUUCCGAAGGUCGUCAAAUUAACCUGCUGGAACUGUUGGAAGUGUUGGUGGCUCUUUCUCCCUAUCUAAGUGGGAACCACGUUAUGACAAUGUGGCACCAGAAGAAUUAUCUCGGAGACCACUCCCAGAUGAAUGGAGUUUAUCUCAGGAGAUGGCAAACAUGGUCUAAAGUGUCAGAUGCGGAUCAAAGGCCCCUGGGAGUUCCCUCCAUCGAGGUCAGCGCUUCUGCAAGCAUCAGGAACCCCGAGGGCUCCCCCAAUAAUAGGACGACCCCUCAAGGUUUGGCUUCUCCAGGGUUAACAAUUAGUCACUUGCCCACUGAUGUCCAAUUGACUCUUCAGAACGCUAAAGCACCGUCAACCCUCAGAGGAUACAAUGCUCAAUGGACAUUUUUUUCCCGGUGAUGUGGAACCCAGUAAGCCUCCCUAGAAUCGGCACCUGUUUCUCUAAUCCUCUCUUUUCUCCAGCAUCUGGUUAACGGAGGCAGCAGCGCUACAUUACGGGUUUAUGUAGCAGCCCUUUCCAUGCCACACAAUGGUCUGGACGGCCAACCCGUCGGCGAGCAUCGUCUAGUGAGCUGCUUCAUGUGAGGAGUGCUAAGGCUUAGACCCACCUCAAGACCUUUAUGUCACUACUGGGACCUGCAGUUGCUACUCAAUUCACUCUCCGAAGCCCCUUUUGAGCCACUUGAUCAGGCCUCCCUGGAGCUAGCAGCUUACAAGGCGGCUCUUCUUUUUUUUUAUCAGCCCUGAAUGCAUCUUUUUGGUGUCGAUGACUUGGCGGUGUCACUUAGACCCAACCCUGCCUUUGCACCUAAAUGUCUCUCUUCUUCUUCACAGGUCAGCACCUUUUCAGUAAAGGCUUUCUGCCCUCCUCCGCAUUCAGACGAGGAACAUGAGCGUUUAAACAAAAUGUGUCCGGUUAGAGCGCUAAAAGCUUAACUGGAUCAAGUCCCACCCUUCAGAAAGACGGACAGUCUGUGGGUGGCUCUCGCAGAUGGUAAGAAGGGGCAAGCGCUGUCCCCUCACAGGUUGUCACAUUGGCUUAGAAUUGCCAUCGCGAAAGCCUAUGAGACAGCGGAAAAACAGGCACCGGAAUCCCUGAGAACACAGUCGACCAGAGGCCUGGCAACAUCUGUGGCUGCUUUCAAGGGAGUAUCUCUGGCAGAAAUCUGCCAGGCAGGUUCUUGGUCAUCAAUCUCUACUUUUGCUGACCACUAUUUGUCUAAUGUCUGCAUCCUCCUUCCCUCAUGUCGUUCUGUCUUCAGAAGCAGCCGAACACUGCGACCAGUCGGCCCUCAUUGACAGCACUGGCUCUGGGACACCAGUAUAUGCUUCAUUACAGUGUGUGCUGUGGAGUGUGCAGCGUCCCAAGAUCCACCGGAUUCUUGAAUAACUGUCUAUUCAUUUGUGAAUAAACACCCUCUUUCUUGCUCAGCUCAGACUAGAACCCUGACUGUAGCUGCUCAGUAAAUGUUUUCUUUCCAGGUAUGGAGGAUUGUUAAUGCCACUUUCUAUUUCAGCUUUAGUGGCUGAAAGAGGGCAACGCAGUUCCUGCUGAUCCAGAGUGUAAGUUACGCUCGAUAUAUAUGGGGUUGUUAAUGCCACCUUCUAUUUCAGAUUAUGCUGGCAAACGCGAGGCGGUAACUCCUGCCACCCGGAGUGUAAAAUUACACUCAAUGUAUGAGGGGUUGUUAAUGAUACAUCUUCAUAACCCAUUCAUUCAUUCAUUCCGGCUGGAUAGACCGGUGUAGGCGUAGGAACUCUCGUAGACUGGUCCGGUGUGAGUCCGGCCAUGGUUUUGUCCCCUGGUUUCCAGGUCAGGCUUCAUUGCCAGGCUAGGGUUCAAGUCUUGUGGUCAAGAUGACCUCAUAGGUGAUUCAGAGUUCCGGAUUGCUCACCUGAGCUCCCCCUUCAUCCUGGCUACACUCGGAUUCCGGUCACUGCAGGAUGGAGGAGUGGAACUCAGGAACUCAAGAGUGGCCAAGGACUGCGUUGCUUCUUGAAGCUGUGCUUUAGUGUUUGGAUCACUUGUCUCCUUCAGUUCAUUCAAACAAAGUUGACGUUAAUAAGCAUAUUGUUAGGUUGUUCUACUAUCUCAAAUCCAGCACAGUUAUGCGGCUAGUUUCUUCUGAAACUUUGGGAGUGAUUUGUCCAGCCAUCACAACACUUCUCUCUCCACCUUACUUCAACAGGGUGGGAUGAGAGUGUGAAUCGUGCCAACCCCGAACCACAGUAUGGCAGAGGGUGGCCACUGUACUGUUAUGAAAAUAUCAACAGCAACUAUAUUCCGGCAGUGCAUGUGACCGCUAAGAGUUUACAGGCAGACGGGGACCCUACAGUUUACCGGAUCAAGUCCGACAUGCCUCGGUACUCGGCUGAAGCUACACGGUGUUGCUCCCGUGAAUAGGAGGAUGUCGGCAUCACUAGCUGUGAAAGACCAGCGAGUCAGGGUGCGCGGCAAUCGUUCUUCCCUGACUGCAAUGAGACCUCAGUCUCUCCUGAAGUUCCCGUGGACCAGACGAGGCGAGACGAGACGCUGAUGCCGGGGUUCAGCCAAAACCUGUCUGGGACGGAGCCCUCUCAGCGAGAUCGUACGGCGGCUCCCCUCUACUACAUGGGAAGGAAUGGGGGAGGGGAGGUGCACAGAUCAGAGCAAUGGCCAACAGUUUGGCCAUUUUGUGCGGCGCUCUGGAUCGACUCUCCGCAGACAAGGCAACUCUGCCCGGGGGAUGAGGUGACGCAUGUACAGCUGACUGCCAACAUCAGACCAUCCUCUGCUCCAGGGUCCAGUGCGUCUCUCUGAGGAGUUUUCAAUUUACAGGACCCCAGGUGACCAGGCCCGGAGGAGCGCUCGAGGCCGAGGCGCUGGAA